ACAGGACUGCGGAACCAGCAGGGUCGCGCCGAGCUAGUCGCUGCAGGCUGAAGUUGAACCAUAGUGUUCAUACGAAAGAGUUUUGAUACGGUUAUCCCAUCUGCGGUGUAGAUAACUCUGAAGAAAAGUCGUGAGUCACCAAAUAAAGUUAGUGUUAGCUCAGUCGCGUCGGUUGACAGCUAAAUAAGUUAGCUAGGCUUCCUCGACGUCAGUUUCAAAACAAAGCCAGGUAGAAGCGGUGAAUUAGACCCCGCUGUCACCUUAGGAACAGCUAGCGUCGCCAGAAGACUUAAAAGAAAGUGUGACACCUAUUCGCUCAGUCGAUGACCAGUUUAACAGCAUUUAGUCCGGGGUUAAGGUCGAGUUGAGCAAGCUGCAGCUGAGCAGGUCUGGACGUGACGCCGUGCAGCUGAUAACUAAUCACACUAACGUUCAGCCGCGUGAUUCUGUCCACAACAUCACACUCGGAUUGUCUACAAACUCGGAAUUCAAUGUCCGAAAAAAGUUCAUCGUCAGGUUCGGAGGAUGAUGUGGAACCAGAAUCCGCACAGCCUGUGGAACUUGGAGGUGUUUUAAGCAAGUGGACAAAUUACAUCCAUGGGUGGCAGGACCGAUGGGUCGUGUUGAAAAACAAUACCUUGAGUUACUACAAGUCGGAGGAUGAACGGGAAUAUGGCUGCAGGGGAUCUCUGUGCCUUAGCAAGGCUGUCAUCACACCUCAUGAAUUUGACGAGUGUCGUAUUGACAUCAGCGUAAAUGACAGUGUUUGGUACCUCAGAGCAGAGGAUCCUGAUCACAGACAGCGCUGGAUAGAGUCAAUAGAACUGCACAAGGCUGAAUCUGGAUACGGUUCAGAAACAAGUCUGAGGCGUCAUGGUUCCAUGUUGUCUCUCACGUCAGCAGCUAGUGCCUUGUCUUCCACAUCUACAUCCUCCUUCAAGAAGGGGCACAGGUUGCGUGAGAAGCUGGCAGAAAUGGAAACCUUCCGGGACAUUCUGUGCAGACAAGUGGACACCCUUCAGAAAUAUUUUGACUCUUGUGCUGAUGACGUUUCCAAAGAUGAAUUUCAGAGAGACAAAGUAGUAGAGGAGGAUGAAGAUGAAUUUCCCACCACUACAAGACCAGAUAGUGAACACAAUCAAAACAACAAUGGCAGCAAAGAGAAAUUGUAUGCUCCUGGUAGUCCCAAAGGUAUGAAUGGAAUAGACUUUAAGGGUGAAGCCAUCACCUUCAAGGCCACCACAGCAGGAAUCCUCUCAACUUUGUCCCACUGCAUCGAGUUGAUGGUUAAACGGGAAGAGAGCUGGCAGAAGAGAGUGGACAGGGAGCUGGAGAAGAGGAGGCGGGUCGAGGAUGCCUACAAGUCUGCUCUUAAUGAACUGAAGAAGAAGUCACACUAUGGAGGCCCAGACUACGAGGAGGGGCCCAAUAGUUUAAUCAAUGAAGAUGAAUUCUUUGACGCUGUAGAAGCUGCACUGGACCGACAAGACAAGAUUGAAGAGCAGAGCCAGUCGGAGAAGGUCAGGAUACCACGCCUAGUUCCAGUUUCUCCUACUGAUGCUUUUUCCACCAUUGGUACACAUCGAUUUGCCAACAAGCUCUCUGCUGGACAUCCCCGUAGCUAUUCUUCUUCCCUGUCUUCCGUUGAGCUAGUCAGCGCUUCAGAUGACAUUCACAGAUUCAGCUCUCAGGUGGAAGAAAUGGUGCAGAAUCAUAUGACGUAUUCUCUUCAGGACGUGGGCGGAGAUGCUAACUGGCAGCUGGUAAUAGAAGAAGGAGAGAUGAAGGUUUAUAGGAGAGAGGUGGAGGAGAACGGUAUUGUACUGGAUCCUCUCAAAGCUACUCAUGCUGUAAAAGGGGUUACGGGACAUGAGGUCUGUCAAUAUUUCUGGGACACAGCUGUCCGGAUGGACUGGGAAACCACCAUUGAAAAUUUCAACCUUGUGGAAACCCUCUCUGAUAAUGCCGUCAUUGUUUACCAGACACACAAGAGAGUGUGGCCUGCUUCUCAGAGGGACGUACUCUAUCUGUCGGCCAUCAGGAAGAUUCUAGCAACAAAUGAAAAUGAUCCUGACACGUGGCUGGUGUGCAACUUCUCUGUGGACCACGACAGCGCUCCUCCCACAAACCGGUGUGUUCGUGCCAAAAUCAACGUUGCUAUGAUCUGUCAAACACUGGUUAGCCCACCAGAGGGCGAUAAAGAGAUCAGCAGAGACAAUAUCCUCUGUAAGAUCACAUAUGUUGCCAAUGUGAACCCCGGAGGCUGGGCUCCAGCUUCAGUCCUCAGAGCCGUGGCCAAGAGAGAGUAUCCCAAGUUCCUCAAACGCUUCACCUCCUACGUUCAGGAAAAAACUGCUGGGAAGGCCAUCCUCUUCUGAACACAGAGGCUUUCACCCUGGAGAGACUGUGUUGCUCACCAUUGAACAGCCUCUUGAUGGUCUAAUGAUCCUCCCACCUCUCAUUUAUGAUCCACUUCAAACAUCUACAAGCAGGAUUUGAUACCAUCAGGACCAGCUGCCUGCUAGAAAAUGAGACUGUCUUACAGCUUUAAUGCAGAAAUAGUUAUCAUCCCAGCAACAAUUUAAUGGCCUGGUACCAUGUAAUCAAGAAAGAAAGUAUAUUUUAUGUAAAUUCAAGAGUUCUGAAGGAGUUUCUGAUAUGUAAUCUAUCAUUCGCCUUUUUCUUUUGGAAAUUGUUUUGUACAUUUCUUAUGAUUGCGUAAUUCUUUACUUUCUUUGGGAGAGGUUGUUCUUUAAUCACUAGUGUUAACAGCUACUUGUUUUGCUGCUGGUAAAGUAACUACCAUGAGAGAGGAGCGUAGAUAUUCCCUGUAACAGCACCAUCUCCUCUCCAUUGCCUUCUCAUGUCUCUCUUGUGAGAACUUUUUACAGUUUGAUGGGGGGUCAGAGCCGAAAGCUUUGAAAUCUUUAUAUUUCUAGAUUGUUAUAUAAUAGCUUUCAGAGAGCACCAUGGACACAAUGUAUUGUACAAAGAAAACAGAAAGUUUUCAGUUAGUUUACCUGUGUGGGAAAUGUGAAUUGACUGUUAAACGCUUGAAUUCGAUAACGACAAUGGGCUGAGGAAACGGAAGAUGAGAAUUUGCUAAAUAUUUCUUGUUGGGCCAUAUUUUGGACACACUUUAACAGAUAACAUAGUUAACUGAGGUAAGUUGUGGUCACUGUGUAUCUGUCUUUAAGCUUUAGACAUUUGCCAGAGUUUCAGCCGGAUAUGUCCAAAAGACCAGCAAUAGCAUCUAAUUUGAAGAUUUCUCUAUUUCAUUGGGAGAUGAUUAAAUACACUAGGUUCACCAUAGUUUUUGCGCAUUUUCAGCUCUGUCUGAGGCACCAAAAUAAUUUUAUUGGUUUAGCGUGCCAUGUUUGCAAAUGAGUUCUGUCUUUGUCCAGAACGAGGUGAAGUCGUUGCAUGUCGAGAGAAAUGUCAUCUACACCAGGUCUUCGAGGGCCCCUGCCCUGCACCUUUAAAAUGUUGGAUCCCUGCUACAGCAGGCCUGAUUCAGAUGAACGUAUCAGCGUGUCAUCCAGGUCUGCAAGAGAAUGAUCCCUUCAUUUGAAAUGGCAUAGAAAGACUUGCAGAGCAUCGGCCCUGGAGGACGUGAACCGGGGAACGCUUAUCUCCACCCUACGUUCUCAGACGCGUAUGCAUUACAUUUCACGUGCCACACUACAGAACAGUGGCCUCCUGCCCUUUGACUGAUAAACUACCCCCAGAAUGCCUUAGACACCAGGAUGAACCUUAGAAGUCCUGGACUUCUCUACUUUACAGCCACCAGAUGUGCAUUUAUCCACACUGAAGUGAAGCUGGGGGGUGGGAGGGGUUGGUCAACAUUUCACACCAUCUUAGACUGUUUUGUUUUGUUUUUUUUUGUUUUUUUUAACCAUCAGCGAUUGGAAGAAUAGAUUUGCAUGAGUGGGGGGAAAAAAACAAAAAAAAAACAAUCACCAUCAGAUGUCCAGUCUAAGAGGUCAGAGGUUUGGAAGGUUCUGGAUCACUGUUGUGCUGAUAACAAGCUAGAUUACGAGUACUGUCAGCGGAAGAAUGCAGAUAUGCGUUUUUAAUUGUUUUUGUCAGUAAUUACACAUUUUGUAUAUUUCUAAGUUGUACAUCAGAAGUGUUAUUAUUUGCACUAAAUGUAAUGCGAUUUGAUAAUGUUCUGUAAAUUAAAAUUAUUACACAACA